UCAAUAAAUGAUCAUCGUUUGCCAAUUUGGAUGUAGCUGCUGGGCGCUGGCUGGAACUACGGAACCAUUAUCGAAUUAUUCUAUGCUCGAACUUAACGCCCGUUUAAAAUAUCUGUUUACUCUGUCCGUUUUAAUAAUAUGUCAACUACGUCUAAAAUAGUAUUUGGACUAUCUUGUUUCACGUCUGUGGGUAUCAUUGGCUUCGUUCACUACCAACAACAAGACGAUUUGAAUAAGUUGCACGAAGGUGUCGUAAAGGACAUUGAACGACAAGAAAAUAAACGCCGGGAGUUAGAGAUAAACGAUAUUUUAGUUGCCAGCAAUCUUCAGGAUGGGGAAAAAAUCGCAUAAAAAGGAACACAAAAAAUCGACUCACAAAAAAAAAAAACAUAGAUCUUCAUCAUCCAGUAGUUCAACAUCAAAUGAUGAUCAAUGGGUUGAGAAACACCAUAAAGAUGCAUUGUCUACUUCCACAUCAUUUGCUGCACCGAAAGAAGAACCUGAUAAUUGGAUGGAUUUUGUAUGCAAUACAUCCUCUGAAAUUGAAAAAAAAGUCAGUACAAAAAGCAAAGAGCUAGAAGAAGCCAAAGCUAGAAUGAUUAAGCCAGGUCAAUCAGAACGAGAACUAAAUCCAUACUGGAAAAAUGGAGGAACUGGUCUUCCACCACCAAAGCCAUUAAGUGGCCAUAAAGGUUUCCUCAAGCCUAAAGUAGACGAUGAUGAUGAUUAUCAUCACUAUAAAAGCCACCAGCAUACUAGUUAUUCAAAACCUUCUUAUGGUCGUCAAUCUUGGAAAAAACACGACCGCAGAGAUAAUGUAAAUGAUAACAAAUAUACUGCAUCAAAACGAGAUAAUGAAGAGAGAUAUAAACGGCCUAGAGAAUUUGAUGAAAGAAAAGAAGAAAGAGAUAAACACCAUAGAGAAUUUGAUGAAAGAAAAGAAGAAAGAGACAAACACCAUAGAGAAUUUGAUGAAAGAAAAGAAGAAAGAAAUAAACACCAUAGAGAAUUUGAUGAAAGAGAUAGACGCCAUAGAGAUUAUGAUGAAGAAAGAAACAGGCAACAUAAAGAAUAUAAUAAUGAAAGUAAAGGAGAUAAAGAUAAGCGCUACAGAGAACAUGAAGAUGAAAGAAAAAGUACCAGAGAUAAAUAUUCAAGAGAAUAUGACCAUAAAAAAGAUAGAAAAAGUAAAUAUGACAAAUACUCUGACAACGAAGAAAAAUACACAUCAGAUGAUGAAAAAUAUGAAGAAAAGACAUUGCCAAAAAAAUAUUCAGAUAAUAAUGACAAAACUAAAGAACACAAAGAAAGUGUUGAAACCCCUUUAACUGAGUCUGAAUUAAAUGCACUUGCUGCAAAACAAAUAAAAGCAGAAAUAAUGGGAAAUAAAAAAUUGGCUGAAGAACUUAAGCAAAAAUUAGAAUUAGCUCGAGAACAUACUUCAAAACAGAAUUACACCACAAACAAAACAAAACAAAAAGAUGAUUUUGUAUUACUUACUAGGACUUCAUCUAAAGGUUACAGUUAUCCUGUUAAACAAGCACAAGUUGAUAAAAAUGAUGGUAGGAAGAAAAAACGAGAAAAAGUAUUGACACAUGAAGAUGGUAAAAGAGUAAGAUACUUUGACGACGAUGAUAAAUAUUCAUUAAAAUCUAUGUUUGAAAAAGAAAUUACUACUACAGCAGAAGAUAGUAAUAUGGAGUUCGUAAAUCUAUCGAGGAAGGUUAAUGCUAGAGAUGAUGAAGAUGAUGUAUUUGUAGAUCGUGCAUCAGAAAAACGAUCUGCUAAGGCAUCUGAGAGGGAAAUUAAACGAGCUAUCGGGGAGCAUAAACGUACAGAAAAAAUUUUAAACUCUUGUCGUUACUGCUUUGAUAGUGAAGAAAUGUUGAAACACUUAUUUAUCGCCAAAGGAGAAAAGUGCUAUCUGUGCUUGCCAUCUUACAAAUCCUUGACGGAAGGACACUGUUUAAUUGUACCAAUAUACCACUAUGCUUGUGCAACUGAUAUUGACGAAGAUGUUUGGACUGAAAUGCAGGUAUUUCGAAAAGUAUUGACUACCAUGUUUAAAGAUCAAGAUGAAGAUGUAAUAUUUUUUGAAAGUGCAAUGCGACUAAACAAUAUGCCUCAUAUGACAUGGAACUGUGUGCCUGUGCCAAUUGAAAUUGGCGACACUGCUCCAAUAUAUUUUAAGAAGGCCAUCUUAGAAUGCGAGACGGAAUGGGCUAUUAAUGUAAAAGUCGUGGACUUGAGUACUAAAGAUGUACGUAGAGCUGUUCCCAAAAGUUUACCCUAUUUUGCUGUUGAUUUUGGAAUGCAAGGUGGAUAUGCUCAUGUCAUAGAAGAUGAAAAAGUUUUCCCUAACAACUUUGCUGAGGAAAUUAUUGGUGGAAUGAUGGAUUUAGAUCACAAUGCAUGGCGAAAAAGGCAAAAAGAACCAAUUGAAGAACAGUUGCAGAAAACUACAAAAUUUCUAGAAAUAUGGAAAGAUUAUAAUUUUACCAAAACUUAAUGAUUGUACUAAAUACAUGAGAAUAAAUUGUAAUGUAGUCUUAAAAAUUGAAAACAAAUUAUAUUUUUUUUUCUUACCGUAAA